AUGUCGGACGCCGGUCGAGAAACUCCAGUGGAAAUGAAGCCACUUCCGCAGGCCCAGGCUAGACAGAACUUCUCAGGCCUUGACACUCCCCCGAACCAGCAGUACCUGCCCUCGCCUUCACCUCCAGUACACGAUGGCAUGAACGAUAGUAACUACUUCAGCGGUCCCCGCGAUCUCCGGGGUCAUUCCAAAUGGCCACUCAUCCUUCAACUCCACGGCUCAAUCAUGCCAUCGCUCAUCAUCCCUCUUUUCCUCGUCGCAUGCUGGUCCACUGCUAUAACCGUGAUCUCCAAGAAAGUUCAUGAUCUCAGCGUCAACUCUGUUCUUCUCACUAUCCUCGGUUUCGUCGUCGGUCUCAGUCUUUCCUUUCGAUCAUCAACUGCCUAUGAGCGCUACGCUGAAGGUCGUCGAUACUGGGGAAUGUUAGCUACUGCUUCGCAAACCCUCGGACGAAUCAUCUGGAUCCAUGCCUCGGAUACCGGUGCUGAUGGUCAAGAUACUCGUGAGCUGCUUGUCAAGAAGCUCGGAGCGCUGAAGCUCAUCGCUGGAUUUGCUGUGGCGCUUAAGUAUACACUUCGCUUUGAGCACUGUGCAAGUCAGCCUGAUAUGCAGCCGUACAUCGCCCACCUCGACACAUUCUCUGGACGUACAACAGCCAUACCGAAGCGAAGAGUUACCAACUUCAAACAGGUGGCCGGUGAAUAUCUAGGACUCUCAUUCGCUCAGAGUGAUCCCCGUAAGCACCUGAAGAGAGCCGAAGAGCAUCAGGGUAAUCUUCCGCUCGAGAUACUUAAUCAUCUGGCCAUUUCUGUCGACUGCCUCGUCGCAAACAAGCAGCUAUCCGUCGCCAUCCACCAAACUGUCGCGUAUAAUCACAUCACCAUGCUGAAUGAUGUAGCAGUUGGGUGUGAUCGAGUGCUUAAUACCCCUUUGCCUAUCGCCUACACAAUCGCCAUCAGUCAGAUUACAUUCGUUUAUGUCAUGCUGUUGCCUUUUCAGCUGACUGGUCCUCUUGGCUGGAUAGCCAUUCCAGCUACAAUCACUGCAGCGUAUAUCAUCUUCGGUCUGUUGUUCAUUGGACAAGAGAUCGAGAAUCCGUUUGGUCGCGAUGUCAACGACUUGCCGCUUGAGACAUUCUGCGAUCAGAUUGCAACCGAUCUUGACAUUACCGCUUCGUUAGAUCGCAGUGGUGCUGACCACUUCUUGCUUAAUGGAACACCGCUGUAUCCUGUCAGUGCUGCACCGGGCAAUGCUUGGAUGGAUAGUAGUGAGGAGAAGAUGAGGGAAGCGAUCAAGACUAAGCCACAUGUUCUGUUCAACUGGAGACACCAGAGGACUCGUGGCAAUACCACGAAGGAGAUGGAUGGGAACAUCGUGUAG